AUGAGCGUGCAGACAGGCAUGGAAGCUGCAUGGUGUAAAUUCUUCCCUACCACCUUGAAGGGACUUGCUCUCACUUGGUUUACGGAGCUUCUCCCUGGAAGCAUCUCGAAUUUCGCAGCUCUCGAUAUGGCCUUCAAGAAACACUUCAUAGCUGGUCGAAGGCAUCGCAAGACGAGUAUCCAUCUCGUGUCCAUUCGGCAACGAAGAGAGGAAGACUUGGGAGAUUAUAUCAAGACAUACAAUGAAGAGUCCCUGAAGGUCUCCGACCUCCAGGAUAGCGUCGCAUUCACCGCACUCAUGUUCGGGUUCUACCCCUAA